UUCUAAAAUUCGUUGUACCUCAAUAGAAUUUGCCAUUUUUGUCAACAUUAAUUUUUGUCCCAAUAAAAAAAUAUAAAAAAGAAACGAACACCACAAAUACACCAUACACCCCACACAAAUAAAACAAAUCCCUACUUGAACUUAAACUUAAUCUUAAACUUGUAAAAAUACAUAAAAAAGAACCACCAAUACAAGAUGUCCAUCGAAGAGAACACCAUAAAGCCACUUCGUCCAACGAUAACCAAAAAUAAAGGUACCGCCGAUGGAGCCGGGUUUAAAAAAUAUAACCGCGCCAAGUUCGUGCCCAUCGAGAAGAUACCCAUAGCUUCCAGGGAUUACGGGCUGAUGAAGAGCAACAACAAGUCGUCAACUCCCUAUCCGCGGGUCGAUCAUGGCGUGGAUGCCACGGUGCUGAGGGCUCGCCUCUCCAUGCGGCGACAGUUGGAAACCAAACGGAAUCUCGACAAAGAUGGAUCUCCGGAUGUGGGUGAUAGCAUGGAGGGAUCCUCGUACAAAUUAAACCGCGCCGAAGCUCCACAUAUGGGGAGUUCAAGAGCGGUAACUAUGACCCGGGGAUCGAACCAGGACCUCAAGCACGAGUUGUCCCUCGGAACACCGCAUCCCAAAAAGGGCGUGGCCCUGAACGCCAAGAUGCUGACCAAGCGCAUAUCGACCCUCAACAAAACCCCGAGCCAAACUACAGUUUCUGGUCCAGCCACUCCACGAUCGUCGACAAGGAAAAAGGGGAUCCUCCUGAUUGACUCUGGGAGUAGUGCGCCCCCAAAGACGGUUCAAAGUGGCUUGCCGAUGGCCAGCAAAGGGAGCUUCAACAACAAAGGCUCCUUCUCGAUGGAGUACAGCCUCUCGGAGAGUCUGCUCAUGAGCAUCGACUCUUCGGAGAUUCUGAGUUUCGCGGAGAAGCGCAGGCGGUUCAACAUGGGCGAGUUCACCCUCACCAAGGGCCGCAAGAUGAGCGACGUGAUGAUGGCCGGCGGGCUGGAGCAUCGGGACGGCACUAUCGUCGACAGGACCAUCGACUUCGCCAACAAGGCCAAGCAGGAGAUCGAGAACUACAUCCAGAAGCAGGGGCUAAUCAAAACCACCAACGACCAGCUGACCAUGACCAGAGCCCUCGAUAGGGUUUCCCGGUUCAGCGCUGCGGACGCCCACAGCAUCAAAACGAUUGGAAGCCUGCGGGAACACUCAUCGGAUGAUAGCCACAAAGGUCUCCGUCAUGGACGAAAGCAUUAACAUUGGAGUGUGGAAGCCUCUCACUAGCGCGACUGGCGGAAAAAUAAUUAUGUCGGUGUAUUUAUUUUUUUCCGGCAUUCUGGCUAGUCCUGCGGCUCACACUCCCAGUAUAUCUGUAGAUAUCUUGUACAUUUUAUUGUCAAAAAUUAUGGUCAACUUCGAGAAGUCAAUGAUGGCUUUUAAGAUUAAACUAAAUGAGAACUAUUUUAUAAAAA